AAUAUUUAACCCACUCAAAUCUCAAAAAUGAAGCUUUAUAAUACCUUAUCGCUCUGCAAGCAUAAAACUCUAAACUUGUUCCAUUCGUUAGAGGACCCUAAGUUACUUCAAGAGUCUUUGUCUGCCUGCCAAUCGGCUGCGUCUUUGGGCUGUAACGUGCUUAAGUCUUCCGAAGGAUUUAUAACCCCAACAAUAUUGCCAAAGGAAGGAGAUGAAGAGCAAAAGCUCUCUCCUUCUAGAGAUACCGAACCAUCUACUUUUGUAGGUGGCCAACUCAGAGCUAGUGCCAAGAAUUCAGGCACUAAGCAAGAUGAUGAGCAUUGAUAUCUACUUAACCGGAGGCUAGGACUCUCAGCUUAUAACUUAAAACACAAGCCAGCAUAUAAGGAUGUAUCAAUGACAAUUGUGGUACCACACAAGAACUUCCAAGUGAAGAAUAAUAAGAUCUCCGUUACUAAAAUGCCUAACCAAAAGUUGCUUAAAAAUAAGAUUAGAAAAGAAAGGAAGGAAUUGAUCAGCCUCCAGUCUAAAGCCAGAGGCCAGCAUAUGUACCUCCAAAACAUGAAGAAGAUGGUCAAGAUGGUGUCAACUAUUAUUUAUUAUCAUAUUAUCCACUCUCAUGGCCAGAGCGAUAAGCCUAGCAAGCUGGCCAACCUUUUCAACCAGAAGAAGAUCUUUGAGGACCUUGGAACUGAAAGUUUCAUUGUGGUUGAUUCGUUUGGAUCAACUUCAAGCUCGAUAGUUGUGCACAGAGACAGAGUCAUCCCAAAAGUAAAGAUCGAUACAGAUUUUAACAAGUACAAGAUUUACGAAUUCCUUGAAGUAGUGAUCGGGUCCCUCAACCUUCACCUAGAAUGUGUCCUCCUCUCCUUAGUCUACCUAGAAACCCUCAUGACUAAGAAGGGAUGAGAAAUACGAAUGAGUAAUUGGCGACCCUUGCUGCUAACCUGUCUCAUCUUGGCAUGCAAGUACUGGGAAGAAGGAGGUUAUUGGAACUCCGAUUUCUCAGAAAUCACCAGUUUUCCCAUAGAUGUGAUCAAUGACCUCGAGUCUAAGGCAUUAGAACUUCUUGAGUACAAACUAUUCAUCUCCUCGCAUCUCUACAGCCAGUAUUACAUGGAAGUCAGGGCUCUUUACAAAAAGGUCAGGAAGGAAGAACAGAAGAAUAAGAUGAAAAAUCAGUAUAAGAAGUAUGGUGUCAAGACUAGGAAGGCAACCAGGGACCUUAUUAAUUAAUAUAACCAUGUUCUCUCAAUCAC